AUGGAGCCACGUUUGGGCAGGAAGCGCCAGAGCCGCAGCCCYCCCCUGAUCAGCCGCAACUACAAGGGGGACGUGAGCGCGGGCGACAUCGAGGCCUUCAUGACGCUGCUGCUGCAGCGCGAGGAGGAGGGCGGCGCGGAGCCGCUGCUGGCCCAGGGCCCCCUCCACUUCCUCUGGAUCAAGCACGCCAACCUCUACCUGGUGGCCGUCACCAGGAAGAACGGCAACGCYGCGCUCGUCUUCGCCUUCCUCUACAAGGUGGUCGAGGUUUUCUGCGAGUACUUCAAGGAGCUGGAGGAGGAGAGUGUCCGUGACAACUUUGUCAUCAUCUACGAGCUGCUCGACGAGCUCAUGGACUUUGGCUUCCCGCAGACCACGGACAGCAAGAUCCUGCAGGAGUACAUCACCCAGGAGGGCAACAAGCUGGACACGGGCCGCUCGCGCGUCCCCACCACCGUCACCAACGCCGUGUCCUGGCGCUCCGAGGGCAUCAAGUACAAGAAGAACGAGGUCUUCAUCGACGUGGUGGAGUCCGUGAACCUGCUGGUGAGCGCCAGCGGCUCCGUGCUGCUCAGCGAGGUGCUGGGCUCCAUCCGCCUCAAGGUGUUCCUGUCRGGAAUGCCGGAGCUGCGCCUGGGCCUCAACGACCGCGUCCUCUCGGAGCUCACGGGCCGGGGCCGGGGCCGCUCCGUGGAGCUGGAGGACGUGAAGUUCCACCAGUGCGUGCGGCUGGCGCGCUUCGAGCGCGAGCGAACCAUCGCCUUCGUGCCGCCCGACGGCMACUUCGAGCUCAUGGCCUACCGCCUCAGUACCCCGGUGAAGCCGCUCAUCUGGAUUGAGUCCGUCAUCGAGAAGUUCUCGCACAGCCGCCUGGAGAUCCUGAUCAAGGCCAAGGGCCAGUUCAAGAAGCAGUCGGUGGCCACGGGGGUGGAGAUCGCGGUGCCGGUGCCCAGCGACGCCGACUCGCCCAAGUUCCGUGCCAGCGCCGGCUCCGCCAAGUACCUUCCCGAGCGGAAUGUCAUCCUCUGGAGCAUCAAGUCGUUCCCGGGGGGCCGGGAGCACGAGCUGCGCGCGCGCCUGGGGCUGCCGAGCGUGCAGCGCCACGAGGACGAGGGGCGGCCGCCCAUCGCCGUGCGCUUCGAGAUCCCCUACUUCACCGUGUCGGGCAUCCAGGUCCGCUACAUGAAGAUCAUGGAGAAGAGCGGCUACCAGGCGCUGCCCUGGGUGCGCUACGUGACACAGAGCGGCGACUACCAGCUCCGCACCACCUAGAUGGACAUGGACACGGGGUGGCCCCCGGCACCCCAUGUCAC